GACAUCAAGCGCAACUCCGAAUUAAAAGCCUGGCAAAUAUGGCCGAAGCACCUGCCACGUCGCGAUUGAUUGUGAAAAACCUCCCCAAAUAUGCCACAGACAAACUGGUUCGGGAUCACUUUACCCAGAAAGGCGAAGUGACAGACGUCAAGCUUAUGUAUACAGGGUAUGUGAGGAUUGUACAGGUGUUGUGCUGUUCACACAUAUUUAAACAAAGUGAUCUAGAAAAGCCAAACAUUGAACGAUUUUCUAUUACAUCACGAGACGCAUAA